GCUAGAGAGAGAAAUGCAGGGAACGCCUCUUUUCCUACAGAAUAGCAUUUAGGUUUUAAACACCACUAUUCUAGAUCUCAGUCUUCUGCCAGAGAAAAAUGGCAUCAGAACACGACAGAGCAGUUUUACAGGCCAUCUUCAACCCUACCAGCCCUAUUGGAGAUGUUCCUGGAUUAAAUCAAGAAGAGGAGUUGAUGGAUGAUGACAGUGCUUUUGACCCAGAGGUGGUGAAGCAGGUGAAAGAUCUGGAACUGCAGGGAGUUUCAUCUGCUGAGUCUGGAGACCUGCCUGCUGCUCUUCAACAUUUUAAUCAGGCCAUCAGUGUCCUUCCUCAAAGAGCUUCAGCAUACAACAAUCGAGCCCAGACCAAACGCCUACUGGGAGACACUGAUGGUGCAGUUGAAGAUCUGGAGCGUGCCAUCUCUCUCAGUAAUGGCACUGGACGCUCAGCCUGUCAGGCUUUAGUUCAGCGCGGGCUUCUUCUCAGGCUGUCGAGUCGAGAUGAAGAAGCUCGGCUGGAUUUUGAGAGGGCAGCAGCUCUGGGCAGUGAGUUUGCCAGGCAACAGGCUGUGAUCUUAAACCCUUACGCUGCCCUGUGUAACCGCAUGUUGUCAGAGGUCAUCAGUAAACUACGCAACCCAGAAGUGUCCGAAACGCAAUAAAGGCAAUAUAGUAAUAAAUAUAUGAACUGCAUUUGAGCAAA